GACUUUAAUUAUAUCCUUAUAAAAAAAUAAAAUUGAAAAUGAAUAAAGAUUUAUAAAGAGGAGAUUUUGUAAUUGUUUUCUGUGAAGAACUCCAAGCUCAUAUUAUAGGUUAAAUAGAAGAAGUAAAUACUAGAGAAACCAGAUUUAAAUUUAUUCUUUAUAAAUAUUCAGAAGCAGUUCCAUAAGUAUAAUAUUUUCAUGGAAGCUUUGAAUUAUUUCGAACAUCAUUAUCAUACACUGAAAAACUUUCAAAUGUUCAGUAAAAAGUAGAUGUCUUCAAAUUUAAAGAAUUUUGUUUAAGAGAACAUCCAACAAAAGAAUAACCUUUUUAUCUUACAAGAUAGUACUAUGAUGUAAAAUAAGGAAAAUUUGAACCUGAAGUUGAAAAGCUGCCUUCUUGCUUGUGUGAGCGUAUUAUUAAUCCUGAUGAAGAUAAUCUUGUUUUAUGUGACUCUUGCAAUGAGGCUUUUUACCAUUCAAAAUGUAUUAUUGAGAGUAUUAAAUGCAACUAAUGCUAAGGAAUAAUUAAAUUUAAUACUUCCAAUUAAGAUAUAAGCGCAGAAAUAGAGUUACAACGAAACAAUAGUUCUAAAGCAUUCGAAAUGGAAUAAGAAAUAUAAUAAGUAAAUAAAGAUUAAUCCGAACCAUAAUAGCUUGUAGUAAUGGAAAGAAGAAAAUCGGGUGUUGAUACAAAUAAAAUGAAAGAAAUAUGGACAAAAAUGUAAUAAGAAAAAGAAUAAAAAAUGGAAGAAUAACGUAGAAAAUAAUAAAAAUAAUAAUUGCAAAAUUCUUAAUAAAAGUAACCCUAGUAAAAAGCCCUUUAAACUUAAAAAAAAGACUCGUAAAAUAAUAAUAAUAAUGCAUAAAAAACAUAUUAGAACCUUUCAGUUUAACAAAAUGAAAAAAUUGUAAAUUUAGUGAAUAAAUAUAAGAAAUACAAUCCAAUCGGUAAUCUAGUGGGAAUAGAAAAAAAAAGAAUGGAAGUUAGGGAAAAGUUCUUUGAAUUUAUAAUAUAUGGAUUAAUAGAGUUUGAAGUAUAUGAAAAUGAGCUAACAGAAGAAGAGAAAAAAGUCUUAACUUAAGAUAUAUAUGAAAUUGCUAGAAAAUUCGCGGUUGAAAUAGAACAAACAAUAUUUAAUAUUAAUAAUAAAUCAAAUAAAUAUUAAUUAAAUGAAAAUUAUAAAUAAAGAUGUAAAAUGCUUUUUUCAAACCUUAAAGAUAGCCUCAAUUUCAGUUUAAGAAGAAAAAUCAUUACAAAAACUCUUAAGGCUUAAUAAUUAUGUACUGUUUAAGAAAAUGAACUUUACAAUCCACAAAAAUAAAAAGAAAUCGAAGAACAAAAAUAAAAACUCUUUAAUAGAGAUAGUAUCAACUUAAAUGAAAACAUGUACAUUCUAAAAACUAAUAAGGGUGAAGAAAUUAUAGAUAAAACUGAAGAAAAAGAAAAAGAAAAUGAUAACAUGGAUGCAGAAGAUAACUAAAAAAACUCUAAUUAAAGUUCUCCUACUAAUGAUAAUAUUGAAGAAGAAAAUAACAAGUCAAAAAGCGAAAACUUAAUCAAUAAUAAUUAAUUUUAAGAUAUAAGAGAAGCAAAAGGAGCUCAUAUUGAUUAAAGUUUAGUUGAUUCUUUAUUAAAUUUAAUUGGUGAUAAAGCGAAAUAGAGAAUGUAAUAAAGACUCUAAAAAGAUUUGCCUAAUGCCGAAUCUUAAAUUUUGAUUGAAUAAUUGAAUACUUUAUGA